ACCGCUGGGCACUGGAGACAAUGGCCUGGAAAUUGGAAUGGGCAAAACGUCAGAUCUGAAAACUGGCACGGAAGAGAGAAAAUAAGAGGGGGAGAAAAAGUAAAUAAUAUCAAAUGAGUGGAGUGGUAGAAGCUUGAGAUUUAUUAAAACUAUAUUUUUCUGUAUAAAAUAACUAAAAUACUGAAAUUUGAAGUAGAGGAGGACUGGUUAAUGUCGUUGAUGACCUGUGAUUGCGGCACAUUGAAAGCUGAAUUUCGGACAGUUUCGGGAAUUAUAUGCUAAAUUAGGUGGAAUACGGGAAACGGAAUCAAAGAAACGUAAGUAGUAGAGAAACAGAAGAAUGAAACAAUCUAAUAGUGAGAAUUUGUUAAUAUUAGGUGUAGAGUUGCAAAUCAAAAUAAAACGGGAAGAGUACGAAGGCUGGAAAAGGAAACUACUUUGUAAGUAACAAACACAACAAAUUAUAACAAACUAAUAAAAAUAAAAUUAUUGCAGUUGAGCUGACCAAAAACUAGAGUCUGCUUCAGAACCAGUUCCUGAAAUCCGAACAAACUCAAAAAGUAAUGAGUCAGUCGGAUCUAACCUCAAAUCUUUCCGAUCAUGAUGAUCUGGAUCUCACGAUGACUCCUUGUUCGGCCUGUAACCAGACGUCUACAACGAAUGAACCAAUGGUCGGUUGUGAUGCGUGUAACCGAUGGUUCCACUAUCGAUGUGUGGGAGCGACAGAGGCCGUAAAAAAGGAGAAACGAUGGUUCUGCUCGGAAUCCGCCUGCCAGGAAGCAGCGAAAAAGGUGAAAAAAUCAAACAACAAAAAGAAUUCCACCCGUUCCGCCGUAAAGGAUCAGCCGUCGGGAUCCUCGACCGUUCAGGAGCAAAAGCUGAAAGCCAUGGAAGAAGAAUACGCGAAGCAAAUGGAAGAGCUGGAGUUCGAAAAGGUGUUUCGGGAAAAGGAAAUGGAAUUCCAGCGAGUGCUGAAGGAGAAAAAGAUGGAGAUGGAGAAAGAGUUACGAGAAAAGGAGUUAACCCAAGAGAAGCUUUUGCUCGAUCGCGCUUUGGAGGAAAAAACGGAACAUUUCGAGAAAAUGAAGACGAUGCGGCUGUCAUACCAAAGGUGCAUGGAUGGACUGGACCAAGAAAUGGUGAACAUGCAGAAGGCCAAAGAGGAAAUGCAACCAAAGAAGGCUGAGAGAUCACCCAUACCCGGCGUUUCCGGGAAGCAACGUGACGUACGUAAGUUGGACGUAGCGGAAAAUGCCCUGUUUCGUGAGAAAAGCGGUUUAAGGAACAUGAGUCGGAUGGGAGUUGCAAAUAAAGUGAAGGAUUCAAGUAGCGAAGAUGCGGUUAGCGGUACAGAAGACGAAUACGAAGAAGAUGACAGUGAAGACGAAGGAGAUUCCGAAGAAGCUGCGGGUCGUAGCCAUGCGACUGCCUACGGGCUGGGGCGACAGCAAAUUGGCCCCACUAAAAGCCAACUGGCUGCGCGAAAUGGGGUUUCGAAAAAAUUGCCGGUCUUCACAGGCAAACCGGAAGAUUGGCCACUCUUCUACGGGACAUACGUAGCAUCGAACGAAGCGUGUGGAUUUAGCGAUGUGGAAAACCUCGUCAGACUUCAAGAAAGCUUGAAAGGUCCGGCACUCGAAAGUGUGCGAGGUCAGCUGAUACUUCCAAGAUGUGUGCCGAAGAUUAUCGACAAACUUCGUCAGCUGUACGGACGGCCCGAACUGAUUCUCCAAAGUCACCUAGAGCGUAUUCGAAGAUUAGAGCCUCCAAAGCCAGACAAGUUAGCGACGUUUGUUCCUUUUGGGAAUGCUAUCGAACAACUCUGUGAGCACCUGGAGGCGGCGAACCUGCAGCAACACAUGGUCAAUCCGAUCCUAAUUCAAGAUUUGGUUGAUAAACUGCCGGCCAAUGACAAACGAGAGUGGGUCCGGUUCAAGAGGACGAAGAAACGCGUAACAUUACGAACGUUUACCGAUUUUGUUGCGAGCAUCGUUGAGGAAGCAUGUGAAGCGAAUGUUUGUCUCGAUCAAAAGCAUGAGCCAAAGGCAGUGCGAGGUAAUCGGGGUAACAGCGAUGGUAGCAGAGCCAGAAUCAUGGAGAAAGGUGUAGUAAUGAACCAUGAUACCACCAACAGCAUCUCAAGAGUUCCAGUCGACAGGACAAAGCUGAAGGCAUGCAAGGCAUGUCAGCGUACCGAUCAUCGUUUGCGGUUCUGCGAGGAUUUUCGGAAACUGGCCUACGCUGACCGGAUGAACAUCGUUACGAGAUGGAAAUUGUGCAACAUUUGUUUGAACGACCAUGGAAAUGCAUCCUGCAAAUUCAAGAUCCGCUGUGACGUAGGUGGAUGCCAACAACGACAUAAUCCGCUUCUCCAUCCGGUAGGAAGCGUCGUUGGAACCAGUGUUCACAUUCGAACAGCGAGUUCAAUCCUCUUCCGGAUCAUUCCAGUGCGUCUGUUCUGCGGUGACAAAGCGGUCACUACGUUAGCUUUUCUCGAUGAGGGUGCAUCAGUUACGAUGAUCGAAAACGAGUUGGCGGACUAUUUGGGCGUUGUGGGAGUCCCGGAGCGUCUAACAAUCACCUGGACAGCUGACAUCUUCCGUGAGGAAAAAAGUGCGAAACGAGUUAGUGUAUGGUCCUCGGCAAUCGAUAGCGAAGAACGGCUUCUGUUAAAUCAUGUGUAUACGGUGGAAAGUCUACGCCUCCCGGUGCAAUCGCUGGAUGCUGCAGCGAUGUCAAAGCAGUACAGGCAUCUACAGAAUCUGCCAAUUACAUCGUAUCGAGAUGCCCGGCCCGGUAUGCUGAUUGGCCUAAACAACCUCCAUUCAUUUGCGCCCAUUGAAGCAAAGUGGGGUGCCCCUGGCGAACCGAUCGCUGUUCGGUGCAAGCUAGGGUGGACUGUGUAUGGACCAAGGAAGGAACCUGUAUCCAGUGCGAAUGCGGUUUUAGGUUUCCACGACGGAGUUAGCAACGAAAAUCUGCACGACCUUAUAAAAACGCACUAUGCAUUGGACGAGUCAGUGGUUACUAUAAAAAAGGAAUCACGAGAUGAUGAAAGGGCUCUCAGUAUCAUGCGAAGGACAACGAAACGAAUCGGGAAUCAGUUCGAGACUGGACUACUCUGGAAGACCGAUCAUGUGAAGUUUCCCGACAGCUAUGAAAUGGCUGUUAGACGGUUGUUGCACCUGGAACGAAAGCUGGAGAAGGAUCCAGAGCUAUAUGAAAACGUCCGCAAACAAGUAGUGGAGUACCAGCAAAAGGGCUACGCGCACUUGGCCACGGAAGAGGAAAUAUCUAGAACCGAUCCUGAGAAGGUUUGGUAUCUCCCGCUGAACGUCGUCCUAAAUCCUCGCAAACCGGGGAAAGUGCGUUUGGUUUGGGAUGCCGCCGCUACAGUAAAUGGUGUUUCUCUGAACUCGCAGUUGUUAACAGGGCCAGAUUUGUUGACUCCGCUGGUCUCGGUGGUUACUAGAUUCCGAGAACACAGAAUUGCUUUCGGCGGCGAUAUCCGCGAAAUGUACCAUCAGCUGCGGAUCAUAGAAGUCGACAAACAAGCACAGCGUUUCGUAUUUCGUAUGAAGAAGGACGACCCCAUCAACAUCUUCGUCAUGGACGUGGCUACCUUUGGGUCGACAUGCUCGCCAUGUUCGGCCCAAUAUGUUAAAAACCAAAAUGCGAUGGAGUAUGCUGCUGAAUAUCCGGAGGCAUCUGCAGCUAUCAUUGACUGUCAUUAUGUCGAUGAUUAUUUCGAUAGCGUCGACACCAUCGAAGAGGCAAUACAGCGGGCGAAAGAAGUUAGUUUCAUCCAUGCACAAGGAGGAUUUGAACUGAGACAUUGGGUUUCGAAUGCACCUGAAGUUCUUCGCAGUUUAGGAGUGGCAGAGGCUGCUCAACCAGUCCAUUUCGGUCGAGUCAAGGAAAGCGGCAGUGAAAGAGUCCUUGGAAUCAUAUGGGAUCCGAAUCAAGACACGUUUUCGUUUUCGACGGAGCACCGUGAACAUCUCCAAGUCUCCUGAACGGUUCAAGGCGGCCGACGAAGAGAAUUGUCCUCAGCUGCGUUAUGGGAUUUUUUGAUCCCUUAGGACUUCUGACGCCUUUCACAGUCCAUGGAAAAAUUCUCGUACAGGACCUUUGGAGGACAGGCUGCGCUUGGGACGAUGAAGUGAAUGACGAUUGUUGGAUGAAAUGGAAACGAUGGAUCGGUUUACUUCCGGAGGUAGAAGCGGCGAGAAUCCCACGCUGCUACUUUGGAGAAACCCCUUGGUCAUCUAUCGAAUCGACGGAAUUGCAUAUUUUCGCGGACGCCAGUGAGUAUGCAUAUGGUUGCGUCGCUUAUCUGCGAACGGUCGUCAAUGGAGAUGUUAGGUGUUGUCUAAUGAUGUCCCGAUCAAAGGUGGCGCCACUCAAAAGACAAUCGAUUCCACGCUUGGAGUUAAUGGCAGCUGUUAUGGGAGCACGAAUGCUGCACACGAUUCUUAGCACCCACUCUAUCAAAUUUCAACGAUACGUUCUUUGGACCGACUCUCAAACGGUGCGAAGUUGGAUCCUAUCCGACCAACACAAGUUUAAGCAAUUCGUGGCUUUCCGUAUUGGUGAAGUGUUGGAGUUGACUAGAUCUUCAGAUUGGCGCUGGGUUCCGUCCAAGUUAAACGCAGCAGAUAUUCUGACGAAGUGGGGACGAGCACCAUGUUUGGAAAGCGGUGGAUGUUGGUUCACCGGUCCUAGGUUUCUGCACGAUCCUGAAGAACAGUGGCCUUCACAAGCAAUGCCGGUUGGAGAAACGGAAGAGGAAGUGCGAGGGGUUAUGUUGCACCAUAGAGCGAGUUUGGUAGGAGAAGUUAUCGACAGCGAAAGGUUUUCGAGAUGGACAAGACUACUAAGAAGUACAGCAACAGCAAUUCGCUUCAUAGAAAACUGUAAGCGGAAGAAGAGCGGUCAGCCUAUUUUCACAUCGAAAGCUACGCUGAAGCAAUUGUCUAUGAUCAGAGGCAAGAGAUCGACCGUGUGCCGUCCGCUCCAGCAGGAGGAAUUGAUGCGCGCUGAAAAUGUUCUAUGGAAGUCAGUGCAGAGCAAGAGCUUUCCAGACGAAGUGGCGAUUCUUUUGCGGAACCGGGAAGAAAACGAUAGUCGGCGAACGUUGCAGAUAGAAAAAUCAAGUGUACUAUACAAGUUGACACCAGUUUUUGACGAAGAUGGUGUUAUCCGAAUGGGUGGAAGGAUGGAAGCUGCAGAAUCCCUUCCGUUCGACUUGAAGUACCCUAUCAUCCUAUCCAGAUCUCACGACAUCACCAGAAAGUUGAUACUGCAUUAUCAUGAGAGGUAUGGACACGCAAAUAAGGAGACUGUCGUGAACGAACUUCGGCAGAAGUUCCAUAUCCCAAACUUACGGGCGACAGUUGGUCAAGUUGUACGAAGUUGCAACAAGUGCAAGGUACGACAUUCUCGUCCCAGUAUUCCUUUGAUGGGUCCAUUGCCGAUCCAGCGUAUUUCGCCACACUUACGUCCAUUUAGUGCCGUAGGAGUAGAUUACCUGGGUCCUAUCGAGGUAACAGUUGGUCGUCGGAGUGAAAAGAGGUGGGUAGCGCUUUUCACUUGUUUGUGUAUCAGAGCUGUCCACCUAGAGGUGGCCCAUUCGCUAUCUUCACAAUCAUGCCUGAUGGCAAUUAGAAGAUUCAUCUGUAGGCGAGGAUGCCCCGAGGAAUUCUUUUCCGAUAAUGGCACCAAUUUUAAAGGAGCUAGUAAGGAGUUGCUGAAGCGUAUUGAAAACGACUGUGCUGAAGCAGUAAGCAGUGCCACGACAAAAUGGAACUUCAACCCUCCCGGAGCCCCACAUAUGGGCGGGAUUUGGGAGAGAAUGGUGAGGUCGGUCAAGGAAGCAAUGUUGGCGCUGAACGACGGUAGGAAACUCACCGAUGAAAUCCUGAUGACAACAUUGAGCGAAGCAGAGGAUAUGAUUAAUACGCGACCUCUAACGUAUAAAUCACUAGAACCUACAGAGGUUGAAGCCAUUACCCCAAACCAUUUUCUUCGUGGGACAGUACGUGACAUGGACGUUGAGCAGACUAGAACAACUGAGUUUGCGGAGGCGUUGAGGAAUGUAUACAAACGGUCCCAGUACUUAGCAGACAAGAUGUGGGAGCGGUGGUACAAAUAGUAUCUGCCCACAAUCAAUCAGCGUACCAAGUGGUUUGACGACACGAAGCCUCUUCAAGUAGGAGACCUCGUAUUUGUAGUAGAGGGAAAGAACAGGAAGAAUUGGACCAGAGGCGUGGUGGAAGAAGUGUUUGCAGGGAAAGAUGGGAGGAUCAGACAGGCGAACGUGAGAACAGCAGGGGGUGUGUAUCGAAGAGCAACGGCAAACUUGGCGGUGUUGGAAAUACAAGAUGCUAAAUCCGGAUUCUCAGGUAACCCUGGACCGGAGUUACGGGCUGGGGAACUGUCAACACCGCUGGGCACUGGAGACAAUGGCCUGGAAAUUGGAAUGGGCAAAACGUCAGAUCUGAAAACUGGCACGGAAGAGAGAAAAUAAGAGGGGGAGAAAAAGUAAAUAAUAUCAAAUGAGUGGAGUGGUAGAAGCUUGAGAUUUAUUAAAACUAUAUUUUUCUGUAUAAAAUAACUAAAAUACUGAAAUUUGAAGUAGAGGAGGACUGGUUAAUGUCGUUGAUGACCUGUAAGUAAAAAUGAAAAUAAAACCUGAAACGAAAUAAGAAUGAAAUUAACAUAAAUAAAUAUUGUUGAUGGUUAGGUGAUUGCGGCACAUUGAAAGCUGAAUUUCGGACAGUUUCGGGAAUUAUAUGCUAAAUUAGGUGGAAUACGGGAAACGGAAUCAAAGAAACGUAAGUAGUAGAGAAACAGAAGAAUGAAACAAUCUAAUAGUGAGAAUUUGUUAAUAUUAGGUGUAGAGUUGCAAAUCAAAAUAAAACGGGAAGAGUACGAAGGCUGGAAAAGGAAACUACUUUGUAAGUAACAAACACAACAAAUUAUAACAAACUAAUAAAAAUAAAAUUAUUGCAGUUGAGCUGACCAAAAACUA